UGUAUAUAUAUAUAUAUAUAUCAUCACAAUCCUAUCGUUGCAGCAGCAUUCUCAAGAAUAAGGGUUAUGGGUCAAUCCUUGCAGAAGCUGACUCCUGGAAAUGAGGAAAAAAAGGCAAAGGAAAUAGGGGCCAUAGCAGAGGGUUGUUAUGACAAAUACUUUGCAGACGACGGACGUAAUGGUACCAAGGAAUGGAGCUCAGCUGACUUCUACCAUGCACUCUGUGAAACCAUUGGAGAAAUAAACAAGAAGCUCGGCAGCAGCACACAGUUCCGGGUGCCCAAUACGGAAACCCUCAACCGAGUAUUUGUGCGUCACUACAAGGGCAAAGGUAAAGGCAACCCGCUGACAAAGGAAGAGUUUGAGAAAAUACUGAGAGACGUGAUGGUGGAGACAGGAUUUUCCGGCACCGGCGCCAAGGACAUAUUCUUUUAUAUAUUUGGGGUUCCGGCCACCGCUCUCUUCUUCAAGCAGCGCUUUCUGCCCAGAGCCAUUCCCAAUGAACUUUUCAUCCCCGCCGUCACCUCCGCCACCGUCUUUGUUCUUGCCAAGCUCAACAAGAUAUGAUAGAUAAUAAUAUCUUGUAAAAAAUUGAAAGCUCUUGCCUAUACACCUUGUCAUUCAUAAUAAUCUACUUAAAUACAUCUUUUAUCUUUUAAGUAAAAUAUC